AUGCCCGUGGAUAACACAAUUCCGCAGUACAACUUGCAAAAAGAUUUCAAAAUCAUCAUACCAAGUAGAGAGGACUGGCAAAACAGUCCAUCGGUGAAAGCAGUAGAAACUUGGUAUACAGAUAGCUCAAAGACCCGAAAAGGAGUGGGAGCCGGUAUACACGGAGGCAGAGCAAAGACGAGAAUCGCAGUAAGCCUCGGACGUAAUGCAAAUGUGUUCCAGGUAGAAGUAACGGCCAUCGAACACAGUAUAGGGAAAUUGAACAGACAGAAGGUCACAAAUAAAACCACCGGCUUUUUCUCAGACAGCCCGGUGGCAAUUAAGGCGCUCAGCUCUUUUCAAGUCUUUUCAAAACUGGUAGAAAGCUGUUUGAGUGCACUCAAGGAGCUAAGUAUUGAAGUGAAAAUAUCACCAACGUAUCUUUUGAAAAACGAAACUGAAAAAGAUAAUGGUUCUAGAUUCUACGUUCAAUAUUACCGGAGAAUACGUAAUGAGAAAAACGGUGGAGCUUGGUGUCCAAAAGCCCAGAUUAGCAGUGAAAUCAAAGAAUAUCUCGAAGUUGAUCUCCAGAAAAACCACCUAAUGACUUGGACUGAGACCCAAGGUCGUUUCGGUAAUGGUCAAGGUCAAGAGUACGCUGAAGCAUUCCUAGUCGAAUACUGGAGAGCAACAUUGAAUCAAUGGAUUACUUACAAAGAUUCCAGAGGAGAAAAGGUUUUGACAGGCAAUAGCAAUACUUACCUUGUGGUUCGACAAAGGUUGGAGUUACCAUUCAUCGCCAGCAAAGUACGGUUCAUCCCCUAUAGCGAACACCCGCGAACAGUUUGUAUGAGAGUGGAGCUGUAUGGCUGUGCUUGGGAACAAAAUGUUGUCAAAUACGAAGCACCACGAGGAGAGGUUCGAGAACCAGAUAUCGAUCUUGAAGACAUAAGUUACGACGGUACCCUUAGUGGCAGGAUGAUGAGGGGUGGCCUUGGACAGCUGGUGGAUGGACUCUACGGCGAUGAUGAUUAUCAGAAACAAUUACAAGGCGAACACUCAGGUAGUAGAUGGGUAGGAUGGAACAAUGACACGCACAACGGCAAACCCAUCAACAUCACAUUCGAAUUCGAUACCGUAAGGGAGUUCAAUGCGGUCCAUCUCCAUUCAAACAACAUGUUCACCAGAGGAGUUCAGGUCUUCGCCGAAGCAGAAGUGUGGUUAAGCCUAGACGGCGAUAGGUAUCAGCCGAAAAGCAUCCGUGCCAUCAUUCCGCCCGACCGUAUGCGAGAAUCUGCUAGGAACAUCACCAUUCGGCUUCGAGGUCGGUUAGCCAGAUUCGUCAAACUGCGACUGUCUUUCGCAGACAAGUGGAUGUUGAUCAGCGAGAUUGCCUUCGAUUCAG